UUCCUCAAUCCUUCUGUCCACCUGUGAUAGAUGGUUAAUUUUGUCCGAUUGGAACAAACCUGAAAACAGGCCUGAAAGCAUCAUACGUAGAUCUCUGGGAGUAUUCUCCUUCCGUCUUCACAGAUGCAUUAAGUGUCAGGAGCAAUGGCAGGCGCUGGAGAGCGCAAAGGAAAGAAGGAUGAUAAUGGCAUUGGUACUGCCAUUGAUUUUGUGUUGUCCAAUGCCCGACUCGUGCUGGGUGUUGGUGGCGCUGCCAUGCUGGGGAUCGCCACCUUGGCUGUCAAACGGAUGUAUGACCGGGCAAUCAGUGCUCCUGCCAGUCCCACCCGUUUGAGCCAAUCAGGAAAGAGAAGCUGGGAGGAACCAAGUUGGCUUGGAUCAUCAUCGCGGUUACUAAACCAAGAUAUGAAGACUAAUAUUAGUCGUUCUCUUCAGACUCUUCCCACUGAUCCUUCAGCUUUUGAAACAGACUCUGUGAAACCAAUGAGGCAUAAGUCAUCUGCUAAGAAAAGCCAGGUGGAACUGAAGAAGUCCCGCCUGAGAAUGUCCUUACAAGAAAAGUUGUUUGCCUAUUAUCGGAGAAAAGUGGCCAUUCCUACAGAAGAGCAGGCCAAGGCCAAGCAGGCUGCUGUCGACAUCUGUGCAGAACUGCGUGGAUUCCUUCGGGCCAAGCUUCCAGACAUGCCUCUGCGUGAAAUGUAUCUGAGUGGUAGUCUCUGUGAUGAUUUGCAGGUUGUGACAGCUGAUCAUAUCCAGCUCAUAGUUCCUUUGGUGUUGGAACAGAAUUUGUGGUCAUGCAUUCCAGGUGAAGACACCAUCAUGAACAUCCCUGGUUUCUGUUUGGUACGUCGGGAAAACCCAGAAUACUUCCCUCGUGGUAGUAGUUAUUGGGACCGCUGUGUGGUGGGCGGUUACCUCUCACCCAGGGCUGUAUCUGAAACCUUUGAGAAAGUAGUGGCAGGCUCUAUCAACUGGCCAGCUAUUGGGACCCUUCUGGACUACGUGAUCCAUCCAGCAGCACCUUUGGAAUCUCUAACAUUGGAGGUCCAAUACGAAAGAGACCGUCGCCUCCUGAUAGACUUCUUACCAUCUGUGACAAUAGGUGACACUGUCUUGGUGGCCAAGCCACACCGACUGGCUCAGUAUGAUAACCUGUGGCGGCUUAGCCUUCGUUCAGCAGAGACAGCUCGCUUGCGGGCUUUAGACCAGGCUGAUUCUGGCUGCCGUUCUUUGUGCCUCAAGAUACUCAAGGCCAUAUGCAAGCUGAACCCUUCUUUGAGUCAUCUUUCUGCCAGUCAGCUUACCAAUGUCAUACUGCACCAGACCCAGGAGGAGGCUAGCUGGUCACAAGAUGUACUAGCUGACCGUUUCCUUCAGGCACUGAAAGAACUGAUCGGUUAUUUGGAAGCGGGUGUUCUUCCCAGUGCUUUGAACCCCAAGGUGAACAUGUUUUCAGAGCUUACACCUGAAGAAGUGGAUGAGUUAGGAUACACCCUGUACUGUUCCCUUUCAGAACCUGAAGUACUGCUUCAAACAUAAUAGCUGCCUUAUGUGUGAGAAAAUUAUUAGAACUGCCACCCAUGACAAGUUCUCUGAUACCUCCUAAAUGAAAUAUGCACACCUUGCUCCGUUAUUUUUUGACAAGUUCACUUAUUUUUCUUUUUUAUUAUACUGGGGAAUGGGAUUACAUUUCUUGGUGCUAUUGGUCUAGCUCCACUACCCUCAUAGCUACUCUCUGAUGGAAAAAUCUGUGACAUGGAACAGCUGCAUGGUCUGUCAUGGCCUUUGCUAAUUUCUGGUGUCCCAGCUGCCUGUGAUAAUAUGGUGCACCUCCUUUCUCUUACAUUCUAUAAGUUACUGCAGAAAAAAAUGCUGUAAUUCUCACCUUGGAAAGUGUGGAAUUGGGCAAGUAAAUCACUGACAGUUUUCACAAAGAUCUGAGUGAGAUGAUUUUCCAGGGAUUUAUCUCAUUUCUGUAUUCUGUUUGUGUGUGUGUGUGUGUUACUUUUUGUCCCCUUCACACACAGAUGUGCAUGGCAGCCUAAAACAAAUGUUUAAAUAGAAAUAUUUAUAGGAGGGAAUGUAUUUGUUUGAACUCUGUGCUUUGAUUGUAUUUAUAACAUUUUUGAGACCGAGAUUUCUAGAAAGAGUUUGCACAUUGCAUUGGUUUUCACCACUAUGAAUUUGACUUAAUCCCAUAUUUGGGAAACUUAAAGAGUAUAUUAUCCAAAGUACAUUCUUUUGCCAUCCUGAUGUCCUUUAUUAAACAUACACAUGAUUCUCAUUGCAACCCAUAUUUUUAAAAGUGGUGAUAGGUCCCUGUUAUGGAUAAAGUAAUGGGAGAAUAAUUUCCUUUUUGUUGCAGUUGGGGUCUGUUCUCCGUGAGUAACUGCCUAAGAAAGUAGAACCUACCAGUGGUUCCACUAAACUGUAUUGUGACACAGAGCAAACAAAACAGCUAUGUGCUGUUUUCUUGAAUAGGUUAUGUAUGAGCACUCCAAUUCUUGAUGAAAAUACAUUGGUUAAUGAAUCUGAGAAAUGGUGAUAGAACAUCAAGCUUUGAUCUUCAGUAUAUUGGUAAAUAAGAUUGAUUGGUGCUAUUGUGUGCCUUCUGAAGGUUAGGUCUGUAAAAUUCCUAGCUGUAGGUAGAUAAAUAAAAUUAGAGGGGGGAGACAUUUAAAAAAAACAACUUGUUAUACUAAAAUCUGUUUGGCCCUACUAUUUUCAUGGUGCAAUUGCUUCCUACUCCUUCUGUCAUGAAAAUUAUGUAAUCCUCAUCUGUAUAGUUUUUCCACCCAUUAAAAUUGGUGAUGCGGUUCUUGAGAAGUGGCCACUUUGCUUAAUUUCCUGUUUAAAAGCAAGAAAAGCAUUGACUGAAUGUUCAAUUUCUCAGGAAUACAUUCGUUUCUGUUUCCACAGUGUGCUAUAAGUGAUGAGACUGUCUAGCCAGCAGGACAAGAACCACUUUGGCAACAUAUAUUUAAUUCUGCAGAUGUUUUCAUAUCCUCCCUUGCCAUUUAAAACUAACAUGCAUAAUGAGAUAAUUUGCAGGUGUGGGGAGUCAAAUCACAGGCACCCUUUCCUGUUUCUUUUCUUUUGAAGGUUUUGCUUAUGUCCCUAAGGUAAAUCUUUGGUAUAGUUCUAGAGAGGAGCUUUGUUUUACCCUAGUCGUGUAGAAUAUCCUCACCAUUUGUGUUAAAAUUGGUUUAUCUACUAGGAUAUGGUAUUUGUUACAAAGCAAUGGAACAAUGUUGCAGUUAUUUAAGCCUCACCAGACUUCUCACCAAAGACUUGGAAGGUUGUGUGUGGGUGUCUGGCAAUUUGUAUCCUGGAAAAACACCAGAUUUUCUUUUUCUUUUUUUUAAUCAACAGUAGAGCUGUUCCCCCCCUCCCCCAGUGCUUUUGAAUCCACAUUUCUCCCUUCUUAGGCCUCCUUCAAAUAUGAAUUUUCCUUUCAUCUGUAAUGAUGAGAAUGUAUGCGGAUUUGGAAAAGAUAGAGAUGUUGCCAAGAAUAUAUAAUUAAGAGUCACAUGAAAUCCCACAUUCAUUUCAUGUGCUUCCUUUUUCCUGUUAUGCUGCUUGUUUCAAAAUCUCACCAUAGUCAGAAGAUCCUAAAAUUGUGUUGGGGUGAGGAGGAAUAUAAUGUUUCCUGCUUUCUAACUUCUCCAAUACAUAUCAUUAUAUGCUCAUUUAAAAAAAUAUAUUUUCGCUUAUUAGAACAAUAAACAUUUCAAACUUUUUGUUGCCAUGAACUUGCAUAUGUAAUGAAUGUAGGGUUAGCCAUUUUCCCCCACUGUUUUCUUUUCAUUUUCAUUGCCUUAGCUGUUCCUGUCCAAAAAAUAAGGAUUUGGGUUUUUUUUUAAGAACCUACAAAAACGCAUAUUUGAGCCUACAUGUCAAAAGGCAGGUGCAUUAUAAUUUCCAAACCAGAAAAUUAGAGGUCUUUCCUUUGGUACUUCUUGCAAAGUUCUGUGUUGUAGUGAAUGAGAAGAGUGCCUUGGGUUAUUCCUCAUUUCCGUGGAGGUGAUGUAUCUUGGAGAAUGUUGAUGCAUCUUGCACAGUUUUUAGGAUGAUGCAACUUGCACAGUGUAGCACUAAUGCUAUUUUGUUUCUAGAAAAUUCACUCUGAAGAACUCUUUUAAGUUGAAAGCUGUCAGUAUUCACUAAAAUGCAUGUAUAUAUGUAUAGUAAUUAUUAGGAGGGCUUAAGUCUUAAAACAUUUGUGGACCUUCCCGACAAACAUCAGAAGAACAUAAAAAUGCCGGUAGUUUGAAGUGUAGCUUAUAGCUACUUUCCCAAUCAGUAGGGAAGAGGGGCCUUUGGCAUCAAAUGACUAUCAAAAACCUGUCUCCUUAUGUCUACUUGAGUGUUGAGAAAGCAUUGGGUCAUACCAAUCAAUGUGAUGUUUCCCCCUAACUACAGAAUGGGGACCAGUUAGCUCAACAGCAUAUUUUUGUUGCCGUCAAACUUUACUAUUGAUCUUCCAAGUCAGAUGACUUCACAUGAGAAUUAUGUAAUUGACAAUAGGCCUCUUCCAGUGUUUUUGUGUCCAUGACAUUGAAGGAAAAAAGGAAUGAGAUACCAGAUAAUUUCUUAAGCUCUAGGCUGUAAAAGGAGUUGGAAGAAGGUGUAAUGCAUGGUUUGUAACAAUUUGUGGAAAUUGUGAAAUAAAGUAAUUUCCACAACUGUGUGGCUAUUUUAAAAUGUCUAAAAAUAUGCGGUGUCCUUUUCUACAUUCUGUGUGGUGGGGCAAUUGCCUUGUGUGCCAGUUAAACUGAUAACAUCCUGUAAUUUCUGUGUUUUAUCAACUUGUUCUUGGAAGAAUGUAAUUAAAUGGUGCUGUAGUCCACAUGCAAUUGUGUUUGACUCUCCAGUAGCACUGGCUACUAGGUGAAUAAAAGUUUUCACAUUGUGAGAGGUAA